AUGUCUUAAUAGACCUAAAAAGUUACUAUAGAAAGAAGAAACCAGGUUUUGUAGUCAUUUAUAUAGACUAAUACCAGAGGGCCAUCUGAUUUCUCUCCUCACCCAAAUGCCUAAGGAGUUCCCUAUGACACACAAGUCAUUUCUUUGGUUGACUCCAUCAUUAAUUUUGUGAAAGUUACCUUUUUGAGCUCAAAGCAAAACUUUGCAGUUUUAGUGCUUUUAACUCUCUAUUUCUUUUCAAACUGGUCAAUCACUCUUCAAAAUAAAAAGGGUUUUUCAAUCGAGAUAGUUGAUGUCUUGUUUAUUGUUCUCCUCGUUAUUGUUGUCAAAUGCUGGCUUUCUGGUGAAGGCUUGGCUUCAAUUUUCGACUUGAUUUCUACUAGAACUUAAUAAGUCAUGAAUCUUACUUCUUAGGGACUCAAUUAGAAUGGACAAUUUUAACAUCUUUUCAGAUUUGUCUCAAGCAUGCCAGCAAAUGCUAGAAAUUUGGAAAGCGUUGAACAACUCUUUGAAAGAUACAAUAAGGAAAAGUUCUAAUUAUCUGAAUAGACUUUCUUAGACACUGAGUUAGCCAAUUAAUUAACUCCUCAAGCUGAGCAAAAGUUAAAAGUUUUGAUUUAAGAAUAUCAAAGCUCAUUUGACAAAGAAAUUCCUUUUGAUUUAGAAGAUAUAGAUUUUGACUCUUUGCCUGCUGAUGUCACUACAGAAUAAGCAUUCAGAACUAAAGUUUUAGAACCACACUACUAAGCUCUUUACGAGUAUGUCUUCAAUAGAUAUGGAUUUGAUUUCAGAAAUUAAGGUAUGUAAUCCACUUCUGUAUAGGCAGGACAAUUUACUAACACUUUACCAACUUUAGCUGCUGACCUUGCAGGAAUAGAAAAAGAACUUUUACUUAACAGAUCUCUUACUAUUUUCGCCUAUGGAAACAACAAGCGUUAGAGAUUUAGCAAUAGAAUUGCAUCUUUCGUAAACGAAGAUAGCCAAAAUAAAAUUGAAGAAUUUAAACAAAGAGUUGGAGGCUCUGAUGAAAGCAGCGAAUAAGUUGAAGUCGUAUUUGGUCAAAAGGAUAGAUAAGAAGUUGAAUUAAAGAAAUUUGUCAAUGCUCCCUCUGGAGACAAAAACUAUGAUGGUUUAGAGGCUUUGACUCUCACUGACAAAUUACUUGAAAGAUAAGCAGAAGUUAAGUAAGAAGCAAAAGCUUUCAAGAAGAAUUUCAAGAAAACCGUAAGUCAAAACGCUUAAAGUCAUUAGGGUGCUUUGAAUAGCAUUAUAGAAACAGAAGAAAAUAACGCAGAAAGUGAAGUGAGCAAGAGCGAACCUGAAGAAGCUAUUAAAAAGUUAGAUGAAGCAAUAAAUAACAAAAUAGAAGAAUUGGCUAAGGCUUAAACAUUCUUCAAAUUUGAACCUAAAGCUUUUGAAAAUUAUUUUGAUAAUGCAUAGGAAUAAUUAAUGAGAAGUGAAUCUAACGCCCAAUAAGGUUCAGGCAGAAAAAGCAUUUCAGAAAUACUUUCAGCAGAAAUAAGCGCAGUAUUAGAAGCACAAAGCAAGGAAGAUUUGUCUCUUAUGAAAUAUUUAGAACUCGUUACCAAAUAUGAAUACUUUGCUGAUUAAUACAAGGAUCAAGACCAAGUUUUAACUAGAGUUGAAGAAUCAUUCUAAAAUUUUAUUAGCAACACUUUCAAUGUUAACUCAUAAAAAAAGCAAGCCAAAAGAUUCAAAAAGGAACUCACUGCAAUUAAGGAUAAACUUUUACAAGAGUAUCUCUUAAGAAGACUCAAAAAGCAAAUUGCUGACAUGGAAACUUAGUCUAAUGACUUAAAGCAUUAAGUUAGCAAAUUACACGAAAAAGCAGAUCUUAAAGACAGAAAAAUCGGUUUACUUGAAGAAUAAGUUGAAACCCUCCAAACUCAAUUAAAAGAAAUCUCUGAAAGACUCGGAGUUGUUGAAAUCACUUAUGAAGAAGAAAAGCAAUCUUUGAUUAGAGAUGUUGAUGCUAAAAAGAAGCAAAUUGAAGAACUAUACAACAAAAUAAACAAUAUCACUGCUUCCACAACUGAAAAAGAAGUUAAGCCUGAACCCGUUCAACCCUAACCUAUUUCCUAAGAAGAAAUUUAAUUAAGAAAGACCACUUCUUACAAUGCUUCAAUUUCUAUUCUUGAAAAAUCAGUCAGAAAUAUUACUGAAAUCUUCUACGAUAAAUUCAGAAACACAGCUUAUUUCAGCCAACAAGAAUUAAUUGAUAAGCUUAAAUAAAAAUUCGGUGCUGGAAUUUUAAGUCAAGGAGAAUUAAACUAAGAUUAAAAGGAUUUCAUCGUCAAAGAAUUCGAAGAUAAGUUUAUAGCCGCUGAAGAGCACUUCUUAAGCAAGAAUUUCGGUGGUGAAAAUAGCAACGAUGUCACUGAUAAAAAUAAAAAGAAUUAAAAAUCUAUAUUAGAUUCCUUGGAUAAGAACUUCGAUUUGUUGAAGUAGAGAUUAUCUAAGGCAAGAGAUAUCUCUGAUAUCUAAUAAUUAAAGAUGAGUGACUAAGAUGAGAGAGAUGCAAGCAAGAUUGUUGAUGAUCUCAUCAAUGGCGCUUUAACUGAUCCUGAUGAGGUUGUCAAUAGAUAAUUGAUUGCUCUUAAGAAAAUCAUGUUAAAGUACAAGCAACCUGCUACUGCAUCUAGAGGUUCUAUUGAUCAAACUCUUAAAACUAAGUCAACUUCUAAAGAAAAUACCAACAAUCCCAAUCAAAGAGUUAAGCAAAAGAUAGAAAGCACUCUUUAAUAUAUCUAAGAAAAUAUGUAAAACAUCAAGGGUUAAAUGAAAAACUAUUUGAGUGAAGACAUGAGAAGAACCUUGAAAUCUAAGAUUGCUGAAUGGAAAAAGUCUCAAGAAGAUAAGCUUGAAGUCAUGAAGAAAUGGUCUCUUUAAUCUCAAAAUAUGUGGUUCACUUUAAUUUGGCAUGAUUCUAACGAUCUCGAUUUGGUCGUUAAGUGUCCUUGCGGAUAGAAAAUUUAUUAUGGUACUAAGAAGUGUGAAUAAUGUGGUACUUACUUAGAAAUAGAUAUGAAUGCAGGUGGUAAUAAGAAUGAUAAGUUCCCCGUUGAACAUAUUUACUUACAAAAGCCUCCAAAAGUUGGAAGCAAUUGGGAAGUCUACUGCAAGAUGUUCCACUGUAACAAUAACAAAGAAUCUCCUUACACUGUUUAAAUUGAACACGAAGAUGGUAGAAUAGUCAGUUAUUAAGGUACUCUUGAUAUCAACGAUAAUCCUCAAUCUCCUAUUUACAAAUAUUCAGUUGGUCCAAGCAUCGAUGAAAAUGAAAAGAAACUUAUUAGCAAAAUCAGAAAUGUUAUUGAUUCAUAAGAAUAAUUUGUAUUUUUCUGA